CUGACUGCCUGUUCUCACUUUACUGACUACUACCCUCCUUCCUAAUCACAACACACAGGCUUGUUCGUCAUGGACUCUCCGUUUUCGAGCCCGACGAAGGCCCUGAACCCCCUAUCGCCCGAACGCAUAAAUCAACAGUUCACCCCCAACUCUUCACUGACUUCCAACAUCCUUAACCUCCGAGGAUCACACUCUAGGGGUCUUUCCGAUGUUCAAUCCAAGGUCGCUUAUCUCAACGGUCUCGCCUCUCGAGGCAACAGUCCCGCUCACGCUCAUCAGCAACAGACUGCUAGCAACUCGGCAGCCUUGCAGCGCGCCAUCUUAGGACGGGAAGAGGCGGAGUCUGCUCUGGCGCAUGCCAACUCAGAACUUGCAGAAGCCCAGUCCCGCGAACGACGCAUCAGUGAACGCCUGGAAUCAUUGCUCGAAGAACUUCAGACCUCUAAGGAACGCCAAGCUCACGAGAGGACAGUUUUUGAAAAGGAGAUUCGAAAAGCCAGAAAGGAGGCUUUUCGCGCUGGCUCGGUGGUUGUCAAGGUACAGGAGGACUUGAAACAUGCCAGGGCGGAGGCCAAAGUCCUCAAAGAUGAAGUGCAGGCGGAGCGCCGAGCCAAAGAGCAGGCAAAACAGGAGGCAUUCGAGCGCGCUUACGCCAUCGCCGGGCUUACAGAGGAGGUGGAGGUUCUCAAAGAGCAGCUACGCGCUGCGGAGGCCAAUAUCAAGUCGCGAAGCCUGAAAGCCCAUAGCUUCAAGCUUAGCCAAGAGGGCGCCGGACGAAUGUCUUUAGCGGAAGGCGAUCUCGCCCUACUGCUAACCCCUACGCCUCGGAGACCCAAACGAUCGGCCGAAGAUUCCGUCAACUCACCCAUGGUCCAUGCCACAAAACCGUCGCCUGCACACCAAACUCCUCCCAAGCGACAGAGACUAUCAGACAUCACUCCCCGACAAGAAGCCCAGGAAUAUGCCGUGUCAGAAGCGAAGCAUGAUAAGGUGGAAGAACUCGAACGAAUUCUGAAGCGCGAGCGCCAGCUAAGAACAGAUGCAGAAGAUUUGAUUGAGUUCCUCAAACUCGAGUGUCAAUUCAAGCGCUGUUCUUGCCGGUUGACCGAGUCAGAGGAAAUCGACCAUGUGCAUGAAGCGGGAACAGUCGAGGCAGUCGAACAGAAGGUGCACGAACACGGAAUUGAGCAGCAUGGAGAUCACAUCGGCAUCCCGAAAAAUGACGAGGUGGACUCGCACACGCCCGUCGGCGAGCCUGCUGGUUUCGCUGCACAAGAGAAUGUGGGAGAGACAGUUGACGAAGAUGACGAUUUAGAGGAGGCUCAGGAAUUCGAGGAAGAGACUGUGGAGGAUGCUGAAGAUGACGACGAUGACCCUACGGAGGAGCCUAUUAUCACUUUUUCGCCUGCCACAGGCACUUUCCACACGAUCCCUUCGCCUGUCCGAGGAUCUCCACGGAAGCAGCUCCCCGAAAAUGCGCUAAAUUCACCAUUAGCAGAAGUGGAGAGCGAAGCUGAAGAUCCAGCGAUGACUGGUAGUCCUGUCUGCAAGCAUGCUACCCACAGGCAUGAGACGCCAUAUGAUUCCAUCAUGGAAAGUGAGGCCUUUGUCCCAACCUCUACUCCUGGAACUCACCGGUCCUCAGUAGUCGUUGAUGUUCCGUGGGACCCUGUGUUGCCCGUGAUGCACGAUGCCAGAAACUCUCAAGUGCACGAAGACCUCAGGAAAAUUCCUCUACGAGACGACGACCAGUUAUCGUCCAAUCGCUUUGCUGAUGUCCCAGGAACUCCCAUAAGCCGGGAAGAAGCCCUGGCACAAAUCCGAGCGCGUAGAGGCAGGACCAACACGAUGAAGCGCUCCAUCAGUGCUGGUGAAAGUGCCCUGCGCUCCGGCGGGAUGGGCGUCACUCCCGUCCGAUCCGCACGGCGAAUCCCUGGUCUUCAUCACACAGAAGCCAGAAGCGAUGGCUCCAUUCGGGAUCGGCGCGACAUAAGUGCUCCCAUCCGCAUGUCCUACCACUAA